AUGCCUGGUGUUGUUGGUGGCUUCCUGGAUGAGGAUGGUUCUGUUAUACAGAAAGCUAUUCCAGUCGACACUUCUCCUUUGCCUCUUGUUGCUGCUCCCAGUAGCACUGGUUUUGCUGAAUUUGAGAGUCAUGAUACACUUCACAUGGAGACCAUCUGGCAAAACAGAAUUUGGGGGCCCCAGUCACUGAGUCGCCGCCGAGGACUCAGUAGCCUCCCCAAAACCCCUCACUUCCCGCUCUGUCCCCCGCCCCCACCCCACCCCUUCUCCCGCCGCCGACGUCCACAGACGGUUUCCACAGAGGAAAAGGAAUCAUAUCGUAUGUCCCCUAUUCAGAACCUCUACGCUCUUUCGACCCCUUUGCUGAUACAAGAUUAUAUCCAUAUAAGAAUUCAACAGAGAAACGGCAGGAAGACCCUUACUACUGUCCAAGGGAUCGCUGAUGAUUACAAUAAAAAGAAACUAGUGAAGGCGUUUAAGAAGAAAUUUGUCUGCAAUGGUACUGUAAUUGAGCAUCCAGAAUAUGGAGAAGUAAUUCGGCUACAGGGUGACCAGCACAGGAACAGAUGCCAGUUCCUUGUAGACAUUGGACUGGCUAAGGACCACCACUGA